UGAGUCAAGACGGCAAAUGGCAGCCAAACACUAAUUGUCCAAGCCUCCGACGGCCGACACCGGUUUCUUCAUUUCUUGAUUCUUUGACUUUUAUUGUGUCUUGUGAGGUUGUGGUUGUGGUUGUUACUAAUGAUUUUUUGGAGUUAAACGUGGUUGUUUUGCGACAUUCACACUUUUAUUUUUCUUGGCUUCAUUCGUGUAUUUUGUACAGUGCUUGGUGAUAUUACAGCAAGCAUAUAUAUGUAUAUACUUACUGUAUAUCAUUAAAAUAGACGACACGGGAGACCCGACUACUACUGACUAUUCUAUAGAUGGAUGAAUGGAUGAACUGCCGAGCACUCUACGAUGGACGUGUAAUAGUGUCGUUGACAUUCCGAGACCUAAUGAUCGAUGCUGACAAGUGACAACGUCCAUUGAUCGAGUUCUUUUUCUAAGAUCUAAGUUUCCGACUGCCUUGGGUUCGGAUAACUGUCUACUGACAAAGCUAACUUGAACAUCCGACUUGUGGAAAUUGAUCUUGUUGUUUGCACUUUUACAUUAAUUAUUUUCGGUCAUCUUUAACUGUACGUUUUAACAAUGCAUAAGUGUGUAGUGUGCAGUAAUACAUCUUCGAAGACCAGGUUCACUCGUCCUGAAGUGAUGUAUCAUUCAUUUCCUCAUAAUGCUUAUAGAAGAAAGAAAUGGCUCAAAGUAUUUGGAAUUGAACAAUGUUUUGCAUGGCACCGCGUUUGUAGUGACCAUUUUGUAAAGAAACACUAUAGGCCAGGAAAAAAGCGAUUUUUGAGAAAAGAUACAGUUCCCCUACCUCCUCCAGAUUAUACUACUCAAAGUACUGAUGUCGAAACUGAAAAUGAUAAUUUAUUAGCAACGGAUGUAAAUCUUAUAAGUACUGAUGUCGAAACUGGAAAUGAUAAUUUAUCUGCAAGGGAUGAAAAUCUUCUGAGUUGUACUACUGAAACUACUGAUGUCGAAACUGGAAAUGAUAAUUUAUUAGCGAGGGAUGAAAAUCUUAUAUGUUAUACUAUUCAAAGUACUGAUGCCGAAACUGGAAAUGAUAAUUUAUUAGCAAGUGAUGAAAAUCUUAUAAGUUAUACUAUUCAAAGUACUGAUGCCGAAAAUGGAAAUGAUAAUUUAUUAGCAAGGGAUGAAAAUCUUAUAAGUUAUACUAUUCAAAGUACUGAUGUCGAAACUGGAAAUGAUAAUUUAUCAGCAAGGGAUGAAAAUUGUAUAAGUUAUACUAUUCAAAGUACUGAUGUCGAAAAUGGAAAUAAUAUUAUAUUAGCAAGAAAUCAAAAUCGUAUAAGAGAGGGACAAAGUGCUGUUGUAAAUAACUUUGAAUCACCAAGGCGGUCAUGUAGAAAAAUUAAGCUUACUACAACUAAUGAGGAUAUGAGUUAUGAAAAUAUGCCGAGACUCCAAACAGAACGAUUUGAGAGACCAUGUCCUACCUUGGUUGCUAAUGACAAUGUUCAACCUGUCACUGAAAAUGUUGAAGUACCAACGUUAACAACUACUAAGGAUUACACUUUGGGACAUGGAGCACUAUGUUCCGUUAAAUAUUGCUACAACAGGUAUUCAAAAGAUUUAAGUUUUUUCGGCUACCCUAGUGAUGACUCUCAAAGAAAGGUGUGGAUAGAAAAAUGUAGAUUGGAAGUAGAUCCUACUCAAAAAAUAAAACCUGGUGUGAGAGUCUGUCGCGCUCAUUUUGAAGAUCAUUGUUUCAUGAAUCCUGAAAGAAAAAACAGAUUAAGGCCUAAUGCUGUCCCAACGUUAUUUUUAGACGGAGAAAACAUAGAAGCAAAAAAUAGACCUAAAAGAGGCCAGCGUUUAAAGAAACAAUCACCUGUCCAAAAUAAGUAUGUCCGUACGAAUGCGAAUAGACCAUCUUGCUCAGCUUCAAAUUAUGUUGCAAAAAUAGGCUCUACCGAGACUCCAUUAUUGGUUUAUAUUGACUCAACUAUUCGCCGUACUGAGGAUUUUGAAGCUUGCUGUUGUGUAACAGGAUGCAUAACGAAUUCUAUUGAUGAGGUUGAAGAUAUUUCUCUUUUUGCACCACCCAAAGAACUUGUUAAUGCUUGGAGUUCAGCUUUAGGUUUGCCGUUGACUGAAAACAAUAUUUUAUGUGAAAGACAUUUCAGACCAGAAGACAUACUUCGUCCUACAUUAUUGGUAGAUGGUUUUGAUAGACAAUUAAGAUCACUAAUACCUUCUGCUUUGCCGAUACCAUUGAAUGCUGUACAAUUAGCAUCUGCUGGUAUGCCAUUAGAUGCUAUGCAAUCUGCAUCUUAUGCUAUGCAAUCAGCAUCGUAUGCUACACCAUUAGAUGCUAUGCAAUCAACAUCUAAUGCUACACCAUUAGAUGCUAUGCAAUCAACAUCUAAUGCUACACCAUUAGAAACCAACGAUGUGCCUGUAUUGAGAACUUACCCAGGUCGUUUCAAAAGACCCAAAGCUGAUGAACAGUCGUCAGCAAAAAAACACAAAAUCGAUUUACCAGAUAAAUCCAAAGCUGCUACCGAUAAAAUGUAUUUUUCUAAAAAUGAAAUUAAACCGUAUACUACUGUUACAAAUGACACACCUCGUGACAAUUCAACUUGUGAUUUAGAUGAAAAAUCAGAAUCAAAUUCUGUGAUACCUGUUGAUUUGUCAAUAGUUAAAGUUGAGCCAUAUGAUGAUGAUACUGAUAUUCAAACAAAUUUAGAAACAGAAACCAAUCAGAUACUUCCAACAAUAAAACCGGAACCAGAAGCAGUUGAAAAUAAUGAUUUACUUCCACUAUCUUCAAUUGAUGAUUCUUUAUCAAUUUCAUUAAAAAAACUAAAGAAAAUAUCAUCUAAUAGUUCAUUGUCCAUUACUUUGGAACCAAUUGACAAUACAAAAAUAACAGAACCAUCAGUCAAUUUAGUAUCAAAAAUGUCUGCUAAAAGUUCUAUGUCUAUUACAUUGCAACCAAAACUACUCAAUAACCUCUCCUCAACCACACAUAAUAGUUCCCCAUCUGUUAGUUUAAUAAAUAUUCUUCCAUCCGCUUCAAAUAGUUCUGUAUAUAAUAAAUCACAACAAAGUCCAUUACAGUAUAAACCAGAAGCAAUGUCAACCUCAAAAAUGCCACAUAAAUUGUCUUCUAAUACUGUACUUCAUCCAGAAAUCAUUGACGAAUCAGUAUUAUUUUUAAAACCUACCCCUAACACAAAUAUAUCUAAUUUAUCUGAAAUGCCUAAAAUACAGACUCCAAUAAUUUCAAAAUGUAUUUCAUUAGCAGGAAAAUCCCAUGCUCAUUCUAAUUCAGAUUCUAGUAAAAAUAACUCAGAAGUUAUAGUAAUUGAUGAUGAUGAUCAUGAAGCUUUUAUACAGGAAGAUAAUGGAUUUAUCUAUGAAAUUUCAAAAAUUGUAUCUUUCCCUACUUCAUUUUGGAAGACUGAACAUAAUAAAUCACGAAAUUCAACACAUUUUUGUCAACUAGACAAUUUUUAUAAAAUUAUAAAAAAAAUUGAUUUUAAUAAUAGCCUUUUGCCCACUAUACAUAUAUUUGGAAAGAAAUAUGAAUAUAACAAGCCUAUUAAAACAAGGAAUGAAUUACACAAUCUUAUUGAAAAGAUUAAUGGUAUUGUUAAAUGUGAUGGUUUUGUAAAAUUUGCCAACGACGAUUGUAUAGGUUUUUAUGAAGGAAAUUUAAAAGAUGUUCCUUUGUGUUCUUCCUGUCAAAAGAAAUAUGAAGAGUUAACCAAAGCUCAGGGAUCUCAAACCAAAACCAUAAGAAGUCGUGUACGGAAAGUCUCUGAAAAGUCAGCAGAUUUGUUAAGACUUAAAGUAUAUGAUGAAAAAAAUAGAAGUCCUUGCCCUAAAGAAGACUUCACAUCUCUUAUUAAUUUUAUGGUGCCACGGCAUUAAUUGUAUAUAUUUAUUGUAUUUUCUUAUUUUUAAAUGUAUUUAUUUGACAUUAUUUUGUAUUUAAUUAAAAAACUAAUUAUAAACAAUUCACACUAUUCUCACUUUUUGAAUAAAUGUAAGAAUCAUGUUGUAAUAUUUAUAUUUGGUAUCCUAUAUUGUAAAACAGAAUCAAAAUUUGAAUUGCUAAAUGUCUUCUAUUAGUUAUUUGUUUAUUAAAAGUGUUAAUACUCCAAAAAUGUAAAUAGUACUAUAAUAGUUAUUAAUUAUACAUUGUGGAUCUUUUUUUUUUAUUAUUAUUUAUUUAAUAAAAUAAGACAUUCCUAGCCGUCGCGGGCUAUCUAUAUCUAUGGAUAAUAAGACAAUAUAAGUUUGUAGCUAUUUUAAAAGGUUAAUUAUAAAUAUAAAAUAUGGACAGAUGUAUAUAAAAUUACUAAACUAAAUAAUUAAAUAUGAAUACAGUAUGAUUACAGAAACUUGAGAUACUAUAUAAAUGCGAAAACUAUUACAAUAUAUACAGAAUAGACUGGAGGUUGAUUUUGAAUAACGAGGUCGUGAGGGCGGCCACGUUUUAGACAUCGUUGGAGUGGUGGAUGAAUAUGGAGAUUGUAGUGAAGUGAGCCUGUUGAGUUGAGUAAUAAACUAUGGAAUUUUCUUGAUAGUAUGCGUAUAAGGUCUACGAUUUUAACAAUUUGGAGGUCUUAGUGAAUAUUUUCAUUUCGAAUGAACCAUGGUGGAUCUAAAUAUUGAAUAUUACUUAAACAAAGAAGAGAGAAAAAGCAACAAAUAUGCAAUAAAUGCAUGUAACUAAUUCAUGUUCAUUAUCAUAUUCUUUAAUAUUUUACUACUAUAUGAUUUAGCGGCCCAUGAUUGGUCCAUUAAAUUUUAUUAGACGGUUAAAUUAAUACAUUUUUCAUGCAACCCGGCAUUAGUAUAAAAUCACCCAUUGGCUUUUUCAAAAAUGAUAAUAUUUUAACAUUUUUCAGUUACAUUUCAAUCAUCUACCCUACGUGUCAAAUCAUGCACUACACACCGACUUAAAACUUAACACAAUAAACGAUGAAGCUAAAAUAUUUUAUAAAAGAUUCCAUUACCGUCUAAUAAUCACCCAAAUCAAUUAAUAAUAAACUUGGCCACUCCCACAAUACCUGGAAGUUUUCUGAGACAUUUGAAGCUUAAGUGGUGUCGAGAUCUCUUAAAUUAAAUUUAAAAAAAAAUUAAAAUAUAAAUAAAUACAUAAUUAUCAAGCUAACAGAAAGUGCUGUCAAUGGGUGGCUUCUUUCAACAAAACCUCAUGAAAUGUUAACCUUAAUCACAUUUUCUUAUUGUGUCUAGUAUGGAUACAGAUUGUUAAUUACUUUUGAAAAAAAAUAAACAUUUCAAUCAUGGUUGUUGAUUCAUCCAA